UAUAUGUAAGCUACAAACUAAAAACUUAAUCACUAUUUUAAAGGUUACAAGCGAAUAUUAAAAUUUCUUGAUACGUUGUAAACGGAUUGUUGGAUUGUUUAUUUACAUUUGUUUUCUAUAAUGUGGACAUUUUGAAAUUAGAAUUUCUCUGACUGAUCACUUUUUAUUCAAGUGAAAAUUUUGAGAAUGUAUUCUGUGAUAUUCAAGCAAGAACAGGCUCAUGAUGAUAGCAUAUGGUGUUGUGCUUGGAAAAAAGGAAAGCAAGAUAACUUAAAUCAUAUUGUUACAGGAGGAGUUGAUGAUGUGGUCAAAUCUUGGAAAUGGGAUGAAGAAAAAUUAGAUCUUCGUCAUAUAUUUGAAGGCCAUGCUUUAGGAGUUGUUUCAGUUGAUAUCAAUGAUGAUGGUUCAAUUGCUGCAUCUAGUUCUUUAGAUAGUCAGAUUAGGGUAUGGGAGUUACAUUCUGGUCAAGAAUUGAAGAGUAUUGAUGCUGGUCCAGUUGAUGCUUGGACUGUUACAUUUUCUCCUGAUUCCAAAUACAUUGCCACAGGCAGCCAUGGAGGCAAAAUAAAUUUGUAUGGUGUAGAAACUGGAAAACUUGAAUCUUUUUUAGAAACUAAAAAAUUCACUUUGAGUGUAGCUUUUAGUCCUGAUGGUAAAUAUCUUGCCAGUGGUGCUAUUGAUGGAAUAAUUAAAGUGUUUGAUAUAGCUGCUGGAAAGCUUGUCCACACAUUAGAAGGUCAUGCUAUGCCAAUUCGUUCUUUAACAUUUUCCAAAGAUUCUUCGAUGCUUAUAACUGCUUCUGAUGAUUGUCACAUUAAAAUUUAUAAUGUACAACAUGCACAUUUAAUAGGUACUUUAUCUGGACAUGGAUCAUGGGUUCUUCAAGUUGAUUGUUCUCCAAAUAAUACACAUUUUGUUUCAAGUUCAUCUGACAAAACUGUAAAAGUUUGGGAAAUAGCCUCCAAAGAGUGUAUUCAUACUUUUAAUGAACAUUCUGACCAAGUGUGGUGUGCAAAAUAUAAUCACAAUGGAAGCAAGAUCGUGUCUGUUUCGGAUGACCGGACUAUUAACAUUUAUGACUGCCCAGUGUAAAUGAGCUUAAAUGUAAUCCAAUUUUAAGUAUGUAUUGAAUAUGUAAUAAAAUGUGCCACUUGAUAA